ACAAGGAUUUUCCCACAGCUUUCUGGAGUCAGAGCUCUGGAGUUAAGGCCAGCCAGGAUGAUGCCUUACAGAGAGAGACACAUGGGCCCUGGCCUAUCCCCACUGCCAACAGCCAGUCCUCGCUGUGUGAUCCGAGGAGCAGCCUUUGCCUAUACACCCAGUCCUCAGGUUCUACACCGGAUUCCUGGAGCCCCAGCCUAUGCCUUCCCCACCAUGGGGCCAGGGGGCCUUCCUGAGUGUGGCUGUCUAUGUGGAGACACCCUGGAACGCUAUGAGCCAGACCCACUGCCCCCCAAGUUGGCCCUGGAGGACACACAGAAGCCAGGUGCUGGGGUGUGAAGGGAAAGGGGGUAGGGAUUCUGAAAGCUGCCCCUCUGGGAAGAAAUGAAAGAGGG